UAUCAUAUUGAUAUAAUAAAACGUCACAUUCCUUGAUUUUGUGAAAAGAACAAAACAAACGAAACUAAGGAUAAAUUUGACUAUCCCAGAAAUAGCGUCAGUGAAAGUCUGACUAUCUACGUACGCCGCUGGUUGUCGCUUAUUUUUUUAUCUUCAACGAAAUUUUGGGAUUUGAGUAAUGAUGUAUUCGAAAAUGAAUAAUUUCAAAAACCAUUAGAAAUUAUCAAGCAUUGUAUACAGUGUACAAUAACUUUAUCGGAUCGAUUGGUUACAGACUUGGUGGCUUUUCCACACCCACCCUCAAAUGAAAAACGCUGUGUUGGCGAUUUUUUCGCGAAACUUCUUACCAACAAUAUUGUGGGCUCAUAAACUAUGUCAUAAAAAUUAAUUAUCAAUAAAUAAAUAGCAAAAAAUUUUAUUAUUUUUAUUGACAUCACACGUGACAUUACCAUUUGGUAAUAACUGAAAAAUUCAGGAUAGAAGUAUCUUGCCGAAGUGCUGGAGGUUAAUGUUAUGUCUGUUGAGAACUGUUACGCUCAUUUUACAAACGAGGUUUGGUGCAACGCCAACAAGUCCAUCUACUGUCUUAAAAAGGGGGAACAUGUAUUGUGCAACAACGAGAAGUUUCAGCUUCCCGAGUCUCCCUUGGGCUAUGAGGAUAAAAUGUUUUGGGUGUAUCUGGGAGUCUACAUCGCUCUUGUUUUGUUUGCAGGACUGAUGUCUGGUCUAACUAUGGGUUUGUUAUCCCUGGACAUUCUCAGUUUAAAAGUUCUGGCUCGUGGUGGCAAACCUGAUGAACAGAAACAUGCAGCUAAAAUCAUACCACUUGUGUCUAAACAUCAUUUGCUUCUUGUCACGCUGUUGCUUUCAAAUGCAGUUGCUGUGGAAAGUAUGCCAUUGUGUUUGGAUAGAGUGUCCAAUCCAAUUAUUGCUGUUGUAGUGUCUGUUACGGCUGUUCUACUUUUUGGAGAAGUUCUUCCGCAAGCUUUAUGCACUCGCUAUGGGCUGGCUAUUGGUGCAUUUUUUUCUCCAUUUGUUCGUCUUUUGAUGCUCCUAAUGUUUAUCAUUGCAUGGCCAAUAUCAAAACUACUUGACUGCUUGCUUGGUGUUGAAAAUGCAACCUUUUUCAGAAGAGCUGAGCUGAAAGAACUUGUUAGCAUGCAUUUGGAACAGACAUUGGACAAUGAAGAACCCCUUACUGGUGAUGAGGUUCUUAUUAUCAAGGGUACUUUAGAUUUACGUAAUAAAACAGUCGCUGAUUCUUAUACUCCCUUACAUGGAGUAUUCAUGUUUGAGAUUAAUGAAAAGAUGACGCAAGAAAAUUUAGACAAGGUUGUGCAGCGUGGUCAUUCCCGUAUACCGUUAUAUGAAAAUACACGUGAGAAUAUCGUUGGAUUGCUUAUGAGCAAGAGACUUAUCCCUGUGAGUCCAGAGGACGAGUUAUGCGUUAGGGAUCUCUGCAGGUCAAGACAAAAUCUUCUCACUGUAUACACGAAGGAUCCUUUGUUCAAUCUUCUCAAUAAGUUCCAGACAGGAAAAAGUCAUAUUGGAAUUGUGAAAGAUGCAAUUGAAUUGGACGAUGGGUCUGUGCUUGAAAAAACCGUGGGAAUCAUCACUCUUGAAGAUAUCAUCGAAGAACUUAUUCAAGAAGAUAUUUACGAUGAGUACGAUGUGUCGCGAUUGCAAGUCAAAGUAGAAAAUCGUAUCAAUAAAAUGUUCAAAGGAAAGAGACCCAAGCCGAAGAAACAGAGGAGUGUUGACGUAUUCACCGACCGGCGACCUUUCCUAUCGGCGAGGGAUGCGUCACCCUCGGACGAAAAGCGACCAUUGCUUGGACGUGGUUUCAGCGUGGAUUCACGAAAUGUCAAUGAAGAUUUCCCCAACUCAAGUCCAUAGAAUGCUAUAUCCAAUUGUUCGUAUAGUUACCUUGGCAGCAAGCAUACGUCCCUUUUUUAAAAAUCUACAGCUCAUAAAUUUAGAAUGCUUACACAACCUAGGAAAUGCAUGUAUAAAGUAAUAAUCAUUCAAAAUUCAAAAUUUUUUCUCUGUAUUUUACGACCUACGCUCGAGUUGUCUACGUAAAUAGACAAGCAGCACAGGAUUAUUGACUUAUGAUAAUAAUUGUCUCAAAAUUGACGGAAACUUUUCCAGCAGGACCAAUGAUGUUAGCCGACAUUGAUUUAAUCAAAAUUUUCAAAUGGAAUUUUGAAAGCAGAAAAAAAUCAUCUUUGCAUGUUAAAUAUAAAGUUAAUGAUCAUAUUGAAUAAAUUAUCAAUUAACCACGUAAAGAUUUAUUAACUUCACCCUUUUUGUGUUCGUAUACAAUGGACUUGUGUGGACUUAAACUAGCACAGACUCUCCAUCGGCUGCAUGAACUUUAUAGACGUAAGUGUAAUAAAUUGAAAAAUUGUAAAAUGAAAAUACUCUUCUUUUAGGUUUUUUACAUGUAUUUGUCCGUGGUAAAGCAUAAGUUGAUAGUGAGUUGAACGUUGCGUAGAUACUGUUGUAUAAAAUCUAGUUAUUACAUUGUCGCGAUGAGUAA